UUGCCCCAUAGUGUAUGUUUACUUUAUUAAUUUUUGGUUGUGUAACUUUGAUGAGAGAGCAUAGUGAUGGGUCCAAAACUUUGUUUGUUGAAGAGGAAAAAAAAAAGAGGAAUAAUAAUUAAAGGACAGAGAGAGUAGUGCCAGUCUACAACAUUGGGGAAAAAGAAUUAAUACUACAGUCCGUACGUACAUUACCCAAAAGUUUACUUAAAUAACUGAAAAAAAAGAAAGAAAGAAAGGAAGAAAGAAAAGGAUUGAAAAGAGGAGUAUAGAGAUUACUCAGAUUAGAGAAAGAGGGGAGACCAUCCUGUAAAAACUGCAGCUUAAGUAGUGAAGUGGCAGAAGUGCAGCUCAAUUUUCUCUCUCUUCUACAAAUAUAACCGUAAAUGAUAACAAUAUCAUCAAUCAAACUGCUUUUUGGUAGUUCUAUUUCUACCUAAAAUGCAAGCUACAGCUGAAACUCCGUCGCCGGCGAUAGGAAUCGAUCUCGGGACGACGUAUUCAUGUGUUGCAGUUUGUCAAAAUGGAAGGGUCGAAAUAAUUCCCAACGAUCAUGGUAAUAGAACGACGCCGUCUUGUGUUGCCUUUACACCCACUGGACGCCUUAUUGGAGAAGCUGCCAAGUAUCAAGCUGAUAUUAAUCCUUCCAAUACUAUUUUUGAUGUAAAGAGGCUAAUAGGCAGGAAAUCGAAUGAUGAAGCUCUACUGAAAGACAUGAAGCGUUGGCCAUUUAAAGUCAAUGCUGAAGAAAUAAGACCCAAGAUUGUGGUGACAUACAAGGGUGAAGAGAAGUCAUUUGUAGCUGAAGAGAUUUCUGCUAUGAUCCUCUGCAGAAUGACAGAAAUCGCAGAGGCUUACCUUGGCACUUCUGUGAAGGAUGUUGUUGUUACUGUUCCUGCUUACUUCAAUAAUGUACAGCGUCAGGCAACUAAGGAUGCAGGAACAAUUGCUGGACUGAAUGUGAUGCGCAUUAUCAAUGAACCAACGGCUGCUGCCAUUGCUUACGGCCUUAACAGGAUGACUUAUGAUAGAAAGAAUGUGUUGGUAUUUAAUCUUGGCGGAGGUACUUUUGACGUCUCAUUGGUCAUUAUUGAGAAUGCAAAAUUUGAAGUCAAAUCAGUAAGUGGAGACACCAACUUGGGAGGAAGAGACUUUGACAACAGAAUAAUUGAACACUAUGUGACUGAGAUUCAGAGAAAGUAUGGAAAGAACAUUAGAGAGAAUUAUAGGGCUAUUGAGAAGCUAAGAGCUGCUUGUGAAAGGGCAAAAAGAAUCCUGUCUACAGCAACGUCAACUAGUAUUGUGAUUGAUGACCUUUUCGAAGGCUUUGAUUUUUCUUCAACCAUUACUCGUGGUCACUUUCAGAAGUUGAAUAUGGAGCUGUUUGAGGAGUGUUUAUGCCUCUGUUGUAAAUGUUUAGUUGAUGCUAACUUUGAUGAAGAUGAUAUUAAUGAAAUUCUUCUAGUUGGUGGGUCAAGCAGGAUUCCGAUGGUUCAGCAGCUGUUACAAGGUGUUUUCUGUGGGAAGGAGCUUUGCAAAAGCAUUAAUCCUGAUGAGGCUGUUGCCUAUGGUGCUGCCGCCCAGGCUGCAGUCCUGAGUGGUACAGAUCACAUGAGUUUUUCGGUUGUUGAUGUCACUCCAUACUCUCUUGGCAUUGAGGAUUGUUAUGAUCCUGAAGACAAGGGUGUUAUGAUUCCGAGAAACACUCCAAUCCCAACAAGGAUGCAAAAACUACUUUGUACUACAGAGGACAACCAAUGCACAGCUUCAUUUAAGGUUUUUGAAGGUUGGGGAUCCAAAGUCAAAGACAAUUAUUCAUUGGGUGUUUUUAAACUCCCUAAUAUUGCUCCUGGACACAAAGGCGUUCCUAAAGUAAACAUCUGUUUUGAAAUCGACGCUGAUGGCAUUUUGAAAUGUUUUAACCAAGAAUUGGAAACUGGAAGUACGAAUGGAAUUCCAUUUUUAAAUCAAUGUGGGCGAUUGUCAGAGAAAGAAGUCGAUAAGAUGAUGCAGGAUGCUGCAAAGUUCAAGCUCGAGGAUGAUUGGCAAGGUCUAAGGGUUAAAGCCAGGAAUGAUUUGGAGAACUACACUAAAACUAUAGCUGACAUGCUCAGAGAUCAUGGUAAGAAGAUUAAGCUCAAGGACAGGCGGAAAAUGAGUAAAGCUAUUGAGAAGACCAUGCUAUGGAUAGAUUGGAAUUAUCUUCACACAGAAGCAUGGACAUUUGAGGAAAAGAUGAGAGAGCUACAGAGCAUUUGUGACCCUCUUGUUGCAAGCAUGCGACCGAAUGAUGGUGCUGGGGCAAGUGGCACCUAGUGAUUCCGAUACUUGGAUUGUUGACAUUAAUGAUAAAGCGUGUACUUAUUACCCCAGUACUAAUCUGCUACGAAAAUUAAUUCAUUUUUUCCUUUUUUCCUGUUUUUUUGGUAUUCUAUUUCCACUUUAACUAGGAUAGUCUAGAUAUUUUAGCCUCUUACGUCUAUGUAUAUAUGACUAUCAAGCUUGA